CGGAAGCAGAAUCGAAUCACACCACCGUGUCAUGUGACGUCCCUGACACUGUGACUCCUUAGCAAAUACAUAACACCGAUUCGUUGGUGUAGUCAGGAAACGUUUAGUGCGGUCUCUUCGAGUGGACAGAAUACCACAUUAUAUCUUGCAUCGUGGAGGAGUACCCGUUUUGUGACCAGUCGCGACAAGGACCACGAACAUUUUAAAUUGUCGUGCCCAUGCGUGUUGAUUUCUUUUUUUCACGAUGGCAGGCCACUCUCUCUUAACGCGUGUUUUACCGUUCGUUGUUGUAUGUACUUUGAUUCAGAUAUGCAUUAGUAAAGAUGUACACGAAGAUGGACGUUGUGUUUGGUAUGGGCAAUGUAGCUAUAAUCACAUCAAUGGAAAACACCUCAACUGUGCUUACAAUGGUAAAGCCAAGCCUUUCACAGACCCCAAAGAUGUGGAACUUCUGAGAGAAGUCUGUCCCGAUUUGGCAUCCCAAGGUGGAGACCCACCGAUAACUUGUUGUAACGCAGAUCAGCUACGCAACCUCAAGUCCAGUUUGCAAGUUCCCGACCAGACGUUUUCACGCUGCCCUGCUUGCUUGUAUAACUUCUAUAAACUGUAUUGUGAGUUCACCUGCAGUCCUAAUCAGAGUCGUUUUCUGAACAUUACGAAGUAUUCUACCGACUUUGCCCCACUUAACGACACCGAAUUGAGUACCGAAACAGAAAUGGGUGUCUCUGCAUUUCAGUUGCGUGAUAGUGAAUCCUCACUAGCUACUGACAGAUUUGAUGUGACAAGUUCAAAAAACUAUACUCUUAGUGCUAACGAAGUUACGUAUUAUCUCGAACGUGAUUUUGCUGAAGGAUUUUACAACUCAUGUGCCAACGUACUGUUUCCGAGUUCCAAUUCCAAAGCCAUUUCAAUGUAUUGUGGUAUACAUACCGCUGAUGAUUGUACCGCUCAAUACUUUUUAGAUUUCAUGGGAGAUACCAAUAAUGGCCAAGCUCCGUUCCAGAUAAACUUCACUCUUGUUAAUAAUCAGACAUUGCCGGACAACAUGAAAGCGUUGAACACUUCUUAUUUUCCUUGCAGCCGUGCAAUCAACAACAAUUCCCAACCAUGCAGUUGUCAGGACUGUCCAGCUGUGUGUCCUCCAAUGCCGGUUCCGCCAUCGCUGCCGCAACCGUGGGAAUUGUUUGGGAUGUACGGCGUACUGUUCAUCAUGAUCCUUGUAUUUGUAACGUUCGUUGUUGUUUUCCUAAUCACACUAGUGUGCUAUUACGCAUUCCGAAAUAAAGGUAGACCUACGCCAGAUUAUUCUAUCAACGGGGGCAGCUAUGUAAAUACAAGAAUAGUCACUGCUAAUGACAUUAGAUGUCUAGAGAAAAUCGGUGCUUUCUUUGAGUGGAAGUUAAAACAGGUGUUCAUGAAGUGGGGCACUCUGUGCGCUAAGUAUCCGCUCCCCGUGAUUGUAAUUAUGCUUGCUCUCGCGGCUGUCGCUUGUGUCGGUGUAAUGUACUUGGAAAUCACAACAGAUCCUGUUGAAUUGUGGUCUGAACCGAGUAGCCGUGCCCGACAGGAGAAGGAUUAUUUUGACCAGAAGUUUGGACCAUUCUAUCGCACUGAGCAGCUGAUAAUAACGGCACCGAACACCAACAGUACAACAUAUAGUACAUAUCCUUAUGCUAGCAUCAUACCUUUUGGUGGUGUAUUGUCUUUGGAUNNNNGUCAUCAGGUACUUGACUUGCAGACGCAUAUUGAGACAAUGAACGUCUGGUAUGAGCCUGAAAAUCGUAACAUCACGCUGAAGGACAUUUGUUUCUCGCCGUUACAUCCGGACAAUAACAACUGUACGAUUGAGAGCGUUUUGCAAUAUUACCAAAAUAGCCAUGACCAGCUUGAUAUGGUAGCAAUGGACCCAUCGGGAUUUUGGCAAGUUGCGGAUUAUCACGACCAUUUUAUGUACUGUUCAAUGGCACCAGCUUCUUUAAAUGAUACAACACCAUUACAUCAGCCAUGCUUAGCAACUUAUGGGGCACCAGUAUUUCCAUGGGUUGUACUGGGAGGAUAUGAUGCCACUAAUUACAACAAUGCAACUGCCUUAGUCAUCACGUUUGUUGUGAAUAACUACUUAGCUGAAGGUGCCAAUGAUACAACCACUAAGAAAUUAGAUAUGGCAAUGGCAUGGGAAAAGGCAUAUUUGGAUUUUAUAUCUGAUUACAAGAAUGAAAAUCUUAGUAUUGCUUACUCGUCUGAGCGUUCUAUUCAAGAUGAGUUGGUUCGUGAAAGUGAUUCUGACAUUAUGACGAUCCUUGUUAGUUAUCUAUUGAUGUUUGCGUACGUUGCUGUUACGCUGGGAAAGCUCACGAGUUGUCAGCGAUUUAUGAUUGACUCUAAGAUUAGUCUUGGACUGUCGGGAGUGUUGAUUGUACUCUGUUCUGUGGGCGGUUCUCUCGGUAUCUGGGGAUAUGCUGGCAUACCGACAACACUGAUUGUUAUAGAAGUCAUGCCAUUCUUAGUGCUUGCUGUCGGUGUGGAUAAUAUAUUUAUAUUGGUACAGACAUACCAGCGUGAUACACGGAUGCCUUAUGAAGAUAGAGCCGAUCAAAUUGGUCGAGUUGUGGGUGACGUUGGUCCAAGCAUGUUAUUAACAAGUUUAUCAGAAUCUGUGGCCUUCUUUCUCGGAGCCUUGUCAACAAUGCCCGCUGUCAAAGCAUUCUCACUCUAUGCUGCCACCGCAGUAUUUAUUGAUUUCAUUUUACAAAUCACGGUGUUCGUUGCGGCGAUGUCCCUGGAUGCUAAGCGACAAGAUGCUGGACGUUUUGAUGUUUUCUGUUGCCUACCAAACUCUAAGAAAGAGCCUGGACCCAAAGAGAAUGGCAUACUUUAUUCGUUUAUGACAAAAUACUAUGCACCUUUCAUUAUGAAGAACUGGCUGAGACCAUUCAUUGUUAUUUUCUUUGUCUUCAUGUUCUGUGCUAAUGUUGUUCUCAUGACAAAAGUUGAGGUUGGACUAGAUCAGCAGCUUUCUAUGCCUGAGAAUUCUUAUGUUCUUGAUUAUUUUGAUUAUCUGAAUAAAUACCUGAAUGUGGGACCCCCAGUGUAUUUCGUGACUAAGGAAGGAUAUGAUUUCACUGAAGUCAAGAAUCAGAAUAUGAUCUGCGGAGGCUCAGGUUGUAACGAUGAUUCCUUAACGUCACAAGUUUACCAUGCUUCUCAGAUGCCCAACUAUACGCGUUUAGCUCACCCAACAAGUUCUUGGCUUGACGACUUCUUUGAUUGGUUGAAUGCUGAAGGAUCAGUGCCUUGUUGUCGAUAUUACAAUAGUACAGAUGAACCGUUCUGCCCUGCGACUGUUGGUCCUAAGAAGUCUUGUAUCGCAUGCCACUCUCAUUCUGAGAAGGGGAAAAGACCAACACCGGAAGAAUUUGAGAAGUAUUUGCCGUUUUUCUUGGAGGACAAUCCCGGGGUUGCAUGCAGCAAAGGUGGUCAUGCAGCAUAUGGGUCUGCGGUACAUUUUCAAGACGAGCAGAAACGUACAGUUGGAGCGACUUACUUCAUGACUUACCACACCAUAUUGAAGAACUCUGCUGAUUUUAUUGACGCGUUAAAGCAUGCACGUAAUGUGAGCGGUAAUAUCACCAGAAUGCUCAAUGAUGCCCAUGGUACAGAGGAUGAAUUUGAAGUCUUUCCAUACAGUAUAUUCUAUGUGUUCUAUGAACAAUAUCUAUUUAUUGAGAAUGAUACAUACUUCAACCUUGGCAUUUCACUGGCGGCUAUCUUUGUUGUCACUUUCAUUCUUCUUGGGUUGGAUUUCUACUCUGCGACGAUAAUAUGCAUAACUAUUACCAUGAUUACAGUGGAUUUGAUGGGAACUAUGUAUCUAUGGGGUAUCAGUCUGAAUGCCGUGUCAUUGGUCAAUCUUGUUAUGGGUUUAGGUAUUUCUGUUGAGUUCUGUUCUCAUAUAACCAGGGCGUUUGCUGUCAGCACGCGUGGCACUAGGAAAAACCGAGCAGAGUACGCAGUGGGUCAUAUGGGAAGUUCGGUUCUCAGUGGUAUUACGUUGACAAAGUUUGUUGGUAUACUGGUACUUGCAUUCGCUAAAUCUCAGAUAUUCCAAGUAUUUUAUUUCCGAAUGUAUUUAUGUAUUGUGUUAUUCGGAGCCAGUCAUGGUUUACUUUAUUUACCAGUGUUCCUAAGCUAUGUCGGUCCACCUGUCAACAAAGUUAAAUUAUACGAAGAACAAUUACAAGACAGACCGCUUUCAAGACCCAACGUUAGUUCAGAGAAAGCACCGCUACUAAGACAUCGCAAUCAACUGCCAAGCGGAGAAUAUUAUACGUAAUGUCUUUAAUAUGGCUCACUUGAUAAAAUAAUCUCUUCUUCAUUUUAUGACAAUUCUUGUUAGAAGAACAAUUCAUUACAAAAUUAAAUUACAUCUAUUAAUUGAACCAAAUUUAUAACUUUAUUGAAAAUUAAAAAUUUCAUACAGAUGUACUUUUUGUGAAAAAUACUGCAGAUACUAGUAUUGACAGGUAUUUGUGAAUGUAAAAAAUUGCCAUGGUAACAAUAGCAUUAUUAGAUGAUUAGAAUUUAAAAUCAUAGUUUUUGAAGGUCC